GGGUGUGCUGAAUCUCACUUGAAGUGCUGUUUCCAAACCGCUACACGGUUCAAGGAACGGUGUUUGAAGUGGCACCCUUGUUGAUUUACCAGGGCGAAGAAAGAAACCUUGCUCCCAUCACAAUUCAAGUUUUCCAGGAAGUCGCCUGUGCACAUCAGUCCCAUCAGCGGCUUUACGCAUCCACGCACACACAGGCUGGUGAAAGAAGGCGAGCAUGAUGCGUUCUAGCGGUGUGGCGCGGCGCCAAAUGCGGCCGUACUACAACCUGCCUUCGAAAUCUGAGCACGGGCGGCGCAUGACCGGCUUUCUCACACCCUACCGUCACUGGAUGUGGAAGCAGAACGAGCUGUGGCGCAACGUGCACGAGGCACAAUUCGAGCACCUGCGCAAGGUGUACAAACGCCAGUGGCUCGAGUCCUUCCGCGUGAACGCGGACGAGUACAUUUACAAGUAUAACAUCACCAAGGCCGCCCAGCUGGCGCAAUGGGAGCACGAGAUGCAGGGGCAGGAGACGAAGCGGCGUGAGUCGCAGCAGAUGGCGCAGGGCCGCCAGGCGCUGAAGAAGAAACACCUCGACCUUCUUCGUGAGUUCCAUGAGCGGCAGUUCUUCUACUGGUACGAGCGGGCGAGUGAGCGGUUGCACUACAUGACACACAUCAACUACAUCCCACAGUCCAGCAUCCAGGACCACAUAGAACGAGAGCUAGACAAGUACGUCGUCGGUGCGAAGACGCCGUACGCGUUAAACUUCGUUGGUCAGAUGCCAAUGAUCGAGGACGCGGAGGGAAACAUCGUGCAGGUGCCGGCCAACUUAAUGACGAACCACGCCACGGAAAACCCUGAUGGCGGCGCGACGAUGUACCAACCGCCGGAGAGCACCGCAGCGGCGGAGGAGAAGCUGCUGCAGAUGAUGGCGAGCGCGCAGGAGGAGGAGCUGCACAUCCACGCAGAGGACACCGCCGCUUGGUCGGAGUCCAUCGAGGACAUGGACCGCACGGAGGAGGAGAAGGACGCCGACCGCAAGGUGGCGCGCAGCAUGGAGGAGACGAGCGAGGAUCGCGAGGUGAGUCGCCGCGCGUACAUUGACCGUGGCAAGACGGGCUCCAAGACGAUCUUCCGCCGCCCGCGCUUCGAGGACGACGGCAACGCCCCGCCGGCGAGUGAGACGGGCACGACGCCGAUGCGGCGGCGUAAGUCGAAGCUGGACAAGGCGCACGCGCUGCAGGAGAAAUGGGACGCCGCGGCUGCCAUGACCUCGGCCAAGGCGAUGAAGCCGGGCGUCGAGCCCGACGGGGGCGUCAAGCGUGGCGAGAUCAAGCAGGUCAAGGGCCGCGUGCGCGACCGUGUGGUGAUACCGUCUUUAGAAACGCUGCAGAAGUCGCCGGAGCUGAUGGCGGGUAACCAGCUGCGUGUCAAGAUCCGCUCGCACCAGCUUAUGGAGAGGGCGUACGGCAUCAACAAGAAGAAAAAAGGCGGCGGUGACGAAGACGCGUAA